AAUACCCCAUCCAGAUUUCUAAUGGCAGCAACUAAAGGUCUUGUGUUUGCUAUGCUUCUUAUUGCUUUUGCUUUUGUGCCCCUUACGGAAUCAGCCCAAAUGGUUAGCACAACUCAGGUUGAUAGCCCUCUUCCUGGCGAGAUAGAUUGUGGGGAAGCUUGUGAUGCGAGAUGCCAAUUAUCGUCGAGGCAAAAGAUCUGCAAGAGAGCAUGUGGAACCUGCUGCGCUCGCUGUCAAUGCGUUCCACCAGGCACUUCAGGCAACUAUGAUGUUUGUCCCUGCUAUGCUAACAUGACUACACAUGGUGGCAGGCACAAGUGUCCCUAGGCAAUGUUCUAUAAUGAUGAUGUUACAUCUCAGAUCACACAUAUCCAAAAUAAAGAAUAAUUGAGAUAAUAACUUCGAUUCUAGAAGUGUAUCAACAAGAAUGAAUACUGUAGAUUUCACUAUUUAUAGAGGGUUGAUGUUCUGAAA